AUUAAUACUAACAUAACAAAAAGAUCCUCAGUAGAUAAGAAAUAUGAAUUCACAAUCCCACUAACGAUAACUGUUAUUGAAUUAAAGGAUAAAAUUGCUGCUGAAUCUGAUAUUCCAGCGGAUAGACAACGUUUGAUUUAUUCAGGUCGUGUUUUAAAAGAUCCAGAUACGUUGGAAACUUAUAAAAUCAAAACUGGACAUACUAUACAUUUAGUUAAAAGUGCAGGCGCAAAACAAUCAACUCCUUCAGCUUCAAGUGCUUCAACAUCCAACUCACCAGCUCCAAGCUCUACCAAUCAAACCCAAUCUGUUCCUUCAAACAUUGCGUCCGGUCAAGGUUCUUUCAAUCCAUUAGCUGAUCUAACAGGUGCUCGUUAUGCUGGGCUAGCUCAAUUACCAUCAGAAAGUUUAUUCGGUCCAGAUGGUGGUAUGGGUGCAUUACCAAAUGAGGAUGAAUUGGAAAGAAUGAUGGAAAACCCAAUGAUGCAACAAAGUAUGAAUGAAAUGUUGAGAAAUCCUCAAAUGAUGGAUUAUAUCAUUAAUCAAAGUCCACAAUUACGUGAAAUGGGUCCUCAAGUUCGUGAAAUGAUGCAAAGUGAUCAAUUUAGACAAAUGCUAACCAAUCCUCAAAUGAUGAGACAAAUGAGAGAAAUGCAAAGAAUGUUUGGUGGCCAACCUCAACAACAACAACAAUCUUUCCCAGCUCCUGGUGCUAAUCCAACUACUGAAUCAACAGAAUCUACUGAAACUAACAGAGACGCAACUGCUACAAAUAGUACUGGUGCAGGUGCUGCUGCUAACCCAUUUGCUGCCAUGUUCCCAGGUGGUGCUCCUCCAGUCAAUCCAUUCUCAUUAUUUGGUAAUCCAGGUGGUCAAAACAACUCUGGUGCUCCAGCUUUUGAUCCAGCUUUAUUACAAUCAAUACUCGGAGGUGGUGGUCCAUUUGGUGGUGCAGGUGCUGCUCCACAACAAGAAGAUAACAGACCACCAGAAGAAAGAUAUGAAAGUCAAUUAAGACAAUUGAACGAUAUGGGAUUCAGUGACUUUGACAGAAAUGUUCGUGCUUUGAGAAGAAGUGGUGGUAGUGUUCAAGGUGCUGUUGAAGCCUUGCUUUCA